GUACAGGUACCACACCAAAUUGACUAUAGGGGCAAAUUGAUGAGAAGGGUACAUGUACCACACCAAAUUGACAGGUGUAGUUUAAAGGGGGUAGAAUGGUAAAUUCGAGAUGCUGAAGCGGAUAAGACACUGCUCUCUUCUCCGUUGCCAAACAAACACAUUCCGGCGAGACAGAGAUGACAAUUACCAUCUACACCCCUGCGCAUGUUAGCACUAGCAGCCUAAAUUCCCCUUCUCCGCUGCGACGAACCUUGUUGCCGGCGGCGAGAUGUCACAACACCCCUGCGCAUGUUAGCGCGUUAUUCUCGGAGAAAAGGCGGGAAAGCAGACGAUUGGUCACAAUAUCCCUCGGUGUCCUGCUUCAAUGGCUCGCCGCACCUAAAGAUGCAGUAGAAGCUAGCCCUUUUGACAAGUAUGUUAAAAGGAAACAGCUUGAUCCACUGGAGGCUUAUGUACCAGCUGUGCUGCUGGCUGGGGUGCAGAUUAAGGAAUUAGAGAAAUCUUUAGAGGUUGAUGAACCUAAAUAUGGAGAUUGCCGGAAUAUAUUGCGAUCUGGUCCUGCAUCAUCUCUUCGUGUCAAUAUUCGAGCAAUAGCACAAUAUGCAGCUGAUGAUGGCAAUGGUAAAUCAGCUUUCAGUGAUGUUGAUCAGUGUCUGAGUGCGUUGGAAGGACUUGACUCAUUGCUAUUGCGUGCAUCAAGAAAGGAUCCAGGGGCCUCAAUUGGCUCGAUGAAGGCACAAAUUGUUACUGCCCUAAAUGCAUUGGACAGUCUUCUUAAAAAUGUCCCAGCUGAUGUGCUUGACAAGGGAAAGGCUGUAGCUGAUUCAUAUUUUUUCGCUCGUGAGGAAGAUGUAGCAACUGAGAAAGUACUGGACCCUGAUCUGAAGCAACUGGAAUCUAUACUGUAAAUACGAAGCCUUUUUCUUGACCAGGUGGAUAAUACUAAAAAAUUCAAACGGGAGGACUUUUAUAGAUUGUAAAUAACUUUCUAUCUUCUUUUUCUGGUUUUCUACCCGGUGGUCUGAUUGUAUUCGGAUUCGCGUAACGUAAGGUCCUUUCGGGGGAAGCACUCCCUACUAAGGAUUUUUCUAUACACAGGGUUCAAAUUCGAAACCUCUGAUUAAGGGAGGAGCAACUACAUCCGUUGCACCACAUUCUUUGAUGAUCCUAUGUUGUUCUUAUAGCCAAAGUAAAACUAUUUUUUUGUUACUUUGAAGUUUAGUGGGCAAUAGCAUGACACUGAAACUUAUU